AAUCUAUGAGCUUGGGUGAGGUGGUGAUUCGUCAGUAAUCUGCAAAUUUGCAUUAAAAAAUAAUUUUCAUCUCGAAAAUGGCUUUAAAUAUUCAAACAGUGUUAAUUAGUGAAUCUGUGGAUCCUAGUUGUGCAAAAAUUUUGUCGGAAAACGGAGUUAAAGUGACAACUAAAGUCGGUUUAUCAUCAGAAGAACUUAAGAAUGAGAUUCAACAUUAUGAUGGCUUAGUUGUAAGAUCAGCUACCAAGGUUACAGCCGACAUCUUAGCAGCUGGAAAACAACUUAAAAUUGUUGGUCGAGCAGGUGUUGGUGUUGACAACAUUGAUUGUGAUGCAGCAACAAAACAUGGAGUUCUUGUGAUCAAUGCUCCUGGUGGAAAUACUCUCAGUGCUGCUGAGCUGACUUGUGCUAUGAUUGUUUCCCUUUCAAGGAAUAUUGUGGAGGCUUCUGCAUCAUUGAAAAGUGGAAAAUGGGACAGGAAGAAAUUCAUGGCCAACGAGCUGUUAGGAAAAACUUUAGCUAUUAUUGGGCUUGGUCGCAUUGGAAGAGAAGUAGCCCACAGAAUGCAGUCUUUUGGAAUGAAGACCAUUGGUUUUGAUCCAUUAGUUCCAGCAGAAGAAAGCAUAAAAUUUGGUGUGGAAAGCAUGGAGUUAGAGAAAAUUUGGCCUCUUGCUGACUACAUCACAGUUCAUACACCACUCAUACCUCAGACUAGAAACAUGAUUAACGCUGAGGUCUUUUCAAAGUGUCCAAAAGGAGUAAAAAUCAUAAAUUGUGCUCGUGGUGGUAUUGUUAAUGAAGAUGAUCUAUUUACCGCUUUGGAAGCUGGUCAAUGUGGUGGUGCUGGUUUAGAUGUAUACAUGGAGGAACCACCCAAAAAUACAAAACUCAUUCAACAUCCAAAAGUGAUUUGCACUCCUCACUUAGGUGCCAGUACCCAUGAAGCUCAAAGCAGAGUUGCUGACGAAAUUUCAUUACAAUUUGUCGACCUUAUUAGUGGAAAACCAGCCCACGGAAUCGUUAAUUCACCUGCCUUCAGUCUAUCAAUGGCCGAUAGUAACAAACCAUGGGUUAUUUUGAGUAAACAUGCUGGUGCAUUGGCUGGAGCAUUAUUUCCUUCUUCUGAUAAACUUUCUUUGUCAAUAAAAGUUAAUGGUCCAGAGUUAAAUAGGAAAGAAAGCCUUUUCAGUGCAGCUGCAUUAAUAGGAAUUCUGAAGCAAAGAAAUCAAGUUACUGCCAAUUUUGUUAAUGCUCCUACCUUAGCAAAAGAAAAUGGUUAUGAGGUUUCAAGUGUUGAGUUGCAGACUCCUCUGGUUGAAAGUACCUGUCCUGUGUCUCUUACCUUGACUGUCAAGUCGGCUAGUGAAACCCAUUCCAUUCUGGUUUGCUUUAAAGGGGAGCAGCCAUUACUGUGUGCCAUUGAUGGAAGUGGUUUCAAUAAUCCACCUGUUCUCUCACACAACCUAAUUGUAUGCAAGGGUGCUCAAAAUGCAAUUGUAGCACUGCUGGGAAAAUUGGUGGAAAGUGGGGUCAGCAGUAUUUCAUUGUCUGCUGUAAGUGAAGGUAAACUCUGGUGUGCCAUCCACAGUUCAAAUAAAUGUGAUAUCUUUCAAGACAACUUGACAAAAUCGCUAGACAUUUCUGCUCAAUUAAGUCUUUAAAAAUUCACUCAGCUGGAUUUCAAGUUCAAAAGCAUAUUCCAUUCUCUCUCCAACUUUUUUACUAUUUAGAAAAGCUGAGCAAGAACUUUUAGAAGUUCUAAUUUUUAAUCCUAUUAGCAAAUUGCCAUUCCUAAUUUUUUAUACUGUUGUUUCUUUUUACCAUUUUUGCCAUAAGUUUUUGAAUAUACAUAUUUUGAAGAUUUAUUGUUGAAAAAUUAUAAUUUUUGUCAUUUAUCUAUAUAGAAAGUGCCUAUGGAACAUUUAGCUGAUGUAUUUUCCAUUUGUUGUUUUGCUAUUAAAGAUUUUAAAAAGCAA